AUGCCGCCGAAAAAAAGCAAAGGAGGAGGAGAGAAUACGAAGGCUGAUGGGGCGUCUGUGUUACAUAUGAACAACCGACCGAUCGAAGCGAUCGUUCCAACGACAGACAUCGCGAAAGAGACGCAGAAGCUAGACAGCCAGGUGGCCAAGUGUAAGGUGGGGGUUGCCUGGGUUGAUCUGCUUGCGAUCGCAGGGCGGCUCAAGUUCGGGGUCUACAACGACCGGCCCCAGAACGAGUCUGAAACGAAUAAAUUAGUAGGGAGUUUCGAGACGAGCGGGAUCGUGUCGAUGAAGGAUGUUGCGGCGAUCCCGCUGAUCAUGAAGACCUCGCGUCUUAAGGAUGCUAAAUCACUCGUGAAGAAUUUCGACGAUCCGGAGGAGGUCCUGGAACUGGAGAUGCGUGAUCUCAAAGCGAUCGUCGUCGCAUCGGGGCAACAUCGACUCGCCGCACUACAACGUUAUAAUCAGUCGCUCCUCGACGAGUACUCUGCACUCGAGACGAAGCGGGAGAAGAUCAACGCGUUAAAACAUCUUACCACAGAUCAUAUCGCGACGUACAACGACUGUCACACUGCGAUGUGUCGGGUGAAGGGCCUGCUGUACGGGAUCGGGAAAUGGGGUGUCACCAUAUAUGACGAAGAUAAACUACUGGCGAAAGGGAACGAACUCGCGAACCAUUUGAGCCGCAACAGCUCCUUGCACGAGUACAAGGAGACUGAAGAGGAGGUGCUGAUCACGCUAUUCAAACAGAUCAAGGUGUUGUACGAUUCGUCACCUGUUAACGAGCGUGAUCGUCUCGCUGUCGAGCAUUUGUUAUCGAUUCGUACGUCGCAGGAGAAGAACGCACGUCUGCACAAGGUGCUGGAGCACGAGACUUUGUGCGUGUUCCUCGCGACACGUUUGUUGCAGCUCGGACCGCACUUCAGGCAUCGCCGUGAAUUUACGGUGAACUGGCUUGCGAAGUCUAUUAACGUUUGCAUGGGCAUGUAUCUCCAGUGGAUCAAGAUCCGCAUCGAGACCUUGAGGCGCUUGAGCUCGAAGGCGAUGUUCCCGAGCUAUGCGGAGGUGACGGACCUGUUGGAGAAAGCAGACGCUCGCGAUGCCGCCGCCAUCGCCAAGGUCGCGGAAUUACGCACCUCGCUGCUGCGAACCCCGAAGGCGAAGGACGAUCAAGACCUUUCGCUGUGGGCGAACGUGAUGGAUGGCCUGGACAAGAAUGCGUCGUCGGCGCUGUCGAAAAUCAGCGAGCACAUGGGGGAGAUGAGCCCGGUGUAUAUCGCACCUCUGAGCAUCUAUCGCCAGAGCGUGGUGAAAACGCUGCAAGACGGGUGGGGACUCACGUCGAACGAGGACUACGAAGAAAACGAGAUCCUCGCUCACCUCGAUCGUGUGGUCGCCCGUGUCCUCCUCUAUCUGACCCCAGAGCAAGGGCAAGUGCACGCCCCUGAGCCCCUCCUAUGUGGUUUCGUCAUGAACGAGUCAUGGGACUCGUUCGUGCGCAUUCAAGACGGACUGGCGGAGGUUUGCCGUUGGUUCGAGAGCCUCCUCGACUAUUAUCGAAUGCUCCACCCGAAGACCCACACCAUGGACGACUGGUCGACGGUGAUGUUGCAGAACAUCACCAAUGACUCGCGUUUCCUUGGGAAGGGACACGAAUACAGCGCCAAGAUCGCGGGGAUCAUCUGGGAACACCGACGUACCUUGAUGGUCCGACUCACGAACUACAUGAUCAAUAUGAAGCAACGCGUCGUUCCACGAGCGAAGGACAAGAAGGAGUUGAUGUCGGCGUAUGAGAGAUUGCCGUCAGGAGAGACGAUCGCGAGCGAGGCGCUCACGAAGAUCCUUAUGGAGAGGAGGAUGAAGGCCAACAAAAAUCGGGACUUAGCUUCGCAACCUUCGACCAUUGCGGGUACAUUGGCCCUCCACACGACUUCCUGGGAUUGGCUCAGCCCUACGCUCAAGAACGCCGCCAGGGAUAUUGAUCCCUGCAUGAAGGCCAUCGCUGUCGAACGAUUUCAUAUCAGCAAGUAUCGCCCCAAGAUGGUGCAAGACAAAUUCAUCGGAGCCCUUCGUUGGCUCCUCCAGGACACGCUUACCAGAGGGGUGACGAAGAUCCAGACGAUGGACUACACUGGCCAGCUUGUCACCGAGCAAGAGUGGAAGUGGUGGGAUGCGAUCGUGUUGAGUCCGACUCAGGAGGAGCCCGACGUCGUCCUCCAGGGCAUCAAAGACACCGUCAUAAGGGAGCAGCGUCAGCUGCAGGAGCGUCUCGUCCUCGAGAAUAACGACCGCGAGGCAAUCCAGAAGCUGGUCGCGUAUAUCUCAAACAUGCCCUGCGCAUUAUCCUCCUCCCCCAACAACAUCCUAUCCGCUGACGUCGUGACCCCGCUGAAAGAAUUGAUCACGGGGUUAGAGAUAAAUGCUGCGAGGAAUCGUACUCGCCUGUUGAACAAGGACCCAAAUAUGCUCGUCGAUUUGGACCAGGUCAACUUCGACCUACACAUCCCCCUCUCUGAGGGUUACUUCGACGAUCUGACAACGGGAUAUGGUGCGGUGCCGACGACAGAUAAGGAGGGAGGUGAGCAGGAGUCCGAGGAAGAACGUCCUCCGACGCCAAAGAAGAAGACCAAGAAAGGUAAGGCUCGUGUUGUAGAGGAGGAGGAGGAGGACACGCCUGUCCCAGAGACAGAGGUAGAGCGACCAGCUGUGAAGACAAAGCAGAAGAAAGGAAAGGCUCGUGCAGGCGAGCAGCAGGACACGCCUGUCCCUGCGCCUGCCACAACACAACCCUCUGCCAAAACACGCUCCAAGUCUGCACUUAGCGAAGCUAUGUCUGUUUCCCCGGCGACCACGCCUCAACCAGCUGCUGCUUCCCAGCCAGCAAAACGUAAAGCUCGCCCUGUCGCAAAGAAACAGCGUCAGCCAUCACCUCCCGCCAUGGACGUCGAUGAACAUGCCGGGUCAGAAAAUGUUGCACAACGUGCUUCUUCUCCCAUCGAAGGCUUCUCUACCACUGACGUGAGUUGGUAUGAUCCUAACGCUGAGAACUUGAAGAACGAUGGUCAGAAGGACGCCGAGAAUCAAGACGUCAUAUCGGACGUCGACGAACGUCCAGGUCACGCGUUAGAGCCCACCCAGCCAACGUCUCCCCUCUCGUCCCCUCCCGUCUCGUCCCCUCCCUCCGAUGACGAAGAACGCGUCACUCCAGUCGCUUCUUCAUCCAAACGUGACCGUGCUGCCACUGUCAAUUCCUCCACGUCCUCCACCACUGGUCGGGGCAGGAAGAACAAGAAGAAGGCAAAGAUCGUUCACAGGGACGAUUCAGAGGGCACCUUCAUUCCUGGCGUUUGA